AUGCAAGGCGUGAAAGAAUGCAAGGUGAGUCAGAAAGGAGGGGAAUACAUGGGCACGAAGAACAGGAGCAUCUCAGGCUUCCCGUGCAAUCCAUGGGUGGAUGAUACGAGCCUGGCUGAGGACAGGGUGUUCCAAUACAAAGACUCGGCAUUCCCGGAUCAUCUCACCGACAAGCACAACUACUGUCGGAACCCGAAAGGGAACCCGGGUGGUCCCUGGUGCAACAUCCAGGAUUCAACCGGGUCCGGAAUACAGUGGGAGUACUGCGAUGUGCCUUUUUGCACGCGAGAAGGCGAGAAGAGAGCCUGCAAGACGGGAGACCAAUGCGAUUCCAGUGAGUAG